AAGAAAAUAUUGUAAUUAUAUACUUACUGGAGAUUUAAUUGGAACUUAUUGUCCACUUCUCUAAUCAACUUCUAAGAUUUGUAAUUGAAAAAUCACUUAGAUGGGUUUAAAGCUUAAACCAACUCAAAUUUAAGUGAGUUGUUGCAGCAUUUUCACCUUGUGAUCUACUAAUUUCUAGCGCAAACAACCUUCCUAACUAGCAAAAAACACACAAAUUAUUUCAUCAUUAAGAUUGAUCUAUAAAACCAACAAACUUUAGCUGAGUUGUUUGAAAAAGGAAAAAGGUCCCCCAUGUUACAUCUGCAAUUUGCAUUUAUAUUCCAUGGUGUCUCACUUGCAAUGGCCAACUGUCUAUAUUGGAAAGCUAACCCUCAAUUUCCAAAAAGUGAAAGUGCAUUGAUUACAUUCAAUUUCUCAUUUACUGUCAUUUAAUACUACUAUUCACGGGUCACCACAAUUUUGGUCGAUUUAAGCAUCCUAUAGCACACACAGAGCUUAAGAAGCUAGAGAAACACUGGUUUAAACUAAGAAGGAAAGAAAUGGAAGGGAUAAUGCACAGAAUGGUGAGUGUGAAUGGUAUCAACAUGCAUAUUGCUGAGAAAGGGGAAGGGCCAGUGAUACUAUUUCUAUAUGGAUUCCCACAGCUCUGGUACACCUGGCGCCAUCAGAUUCUUGCUUUAAGCUCGCUUGGAUACCAUGCUGUUGCCCCAGACCUUAGAGGCUAUGGUGAUAGUGAUGCUCCAGCUUCAAGCAGUAGCUAUACCUGCCUCCACAUUGUUGGUGACCUUAUAGCUCUUAUUGAUCAAUUUGGAGUAGAGCAAGUGUUUCUUGUGGCUCAUGAUUGGGGUGCCAUUGUUGGGUGGUACUUGUGCUUGUUUAGGCCUGAUAGAGUGAAGGCAUUUGUUUGCCUUAGUGUUCCUUACAAGCCAAGAAAUCCAAAGAUGAAACCUGUAGAGCAGGGCUUGCGACUUCUCUAUGGAGAUGACUAUUACAUUUGCAGAUUUCAGGAACCAGGGGAAAUUGAAGCUGAAAUAGCACGUGCAGGUACUGCAGAAGUCCUGAAGAAAAUCUGGACAAUUCGCAAACCAGGUGCCCCUUGCAUGCCUAAAGAAAAUUCAUUUGAAAUCUGUCCAGAGAAUCCAUCAACUUUACCCUCUUGGCUUAAAGAAGAAGACCUUGCUUAUUAUGUGUCCAAAUUUAAUCAGAAAGGCUUCACUGGAGGGUUAAACUGCUACAGAGCUAUGGACUUGAACUGGGAGCUCACAGCCUCAUGGACUGAUGUAGAGGUGAAAGUAUCCAUAAAAUUUGUUGUUGGGGAUUUGGACAUGGUGUAUACCACCCCAGGGAUAAAGGAAUAUGUACACAGCAGUGGUUUCAGGCAUUGCGCACCUUUAUUAAAGGAUAUUGUUGUGAUGGAAGGAGUUGGUCACUUCAUCAACGAGGAAAGAGCAGAGGAGAUCAACACUCUUAUUUAUGACUUCAUUAGGAAAUACUGAUCACCUCACAUUCUCUAUUUCCUACCAUGUUUCAAGAUAUUAAUUCCUUUCUCUAUUUUUCCUACUAUGCUGCUGUUGCCCAUGUUUUAUUCGGCAAUGAGACAUUGUCUUUCCGAGCACCAUAAGAAUUCUACACGAUGUAUGUUUUACCAUAUUGGCAGGAGAAAUUUGGCUCAGAUCAUCACUUUCA